UUCUGCUUUCUGUCAAACACAGACACCAUGUUCUGUCCCCGGGGGCUUGGAGAUUUCUUGGAGCGUAGUCUGAAUGCCACUCAGAGGAGUGCGUAAACAGGAAUCUGGGCUUUAAACUCCGCGCUGGGUUUAUCCUAAAGAACUGAACUAAUCGAUAUGAGCCGUCCGUCCUCUGCGGGCGGUGGGGGCGGAGGACUCGGUUCCGGGAAAACAGGAGGAGGAAAGCACGGCGGUUCGGGAGGAGCUGCUGCCUCAGCUGCAGCCGCCGGAGUAGGAGCUGUGGCCGGGUCUGGCUCGGCUCUACCUGUCGCUGCUGUUGCCUUGCCCUCAGCAUCGCUACCUGGGCAAUCUGCUGAACUCACAGCCUUGUUCGAGUGCCCGGUUUGUUUUGACUACGUCCUGCCACCGAUUCUGCAAUGCCAGGCCGGACAUCUAGUUUGCAACCAAUGUCGUCAAAAGCUGAGUUGUUGUCCGACUUGUCGCGGCCCUCUCACCCCGAGUAUCAGGAACUUGGCUAUGGAAAAAGUUGCUUCUACUCUACCGUUUCCUUGUAAGUACGCGUCAGCCGGAUGCCUGCUGUCCCUCCACCACAGUGAGAAGCCUGAUCACGAGGAGGUGUGUGAGUUCCGUCCCUACACCUGCCCGUGCCCCGGGGCCUCCUGCAAGUGGCAGGGCUCCCUGGAGGCUGUCAUGCCCCACCUGAUGCACGCCCACAAGUCCAUCACCACCCUGCAGGGAGAGGACAUCGUCUUCCUGGCCACAGACAUCAACCUGCCGGGGGCCGUGGACUGGGUCAUGAUGCAGUCCUGCUUCGGCCACCACUUCAUGCUGGUCCUGGAGAAGCAAGAGAAGUACGAGGGCCACCAGCAGUUCUUUGCCGUGGUGCUGCUCAUCGGAACGAGGAAGCAGGCCGAGAACUUCGCCUACCGCCUGGAGCUCAACGGGAACCGGCGGCGCCUCACCUGGGAGGCCACGCCCCGCUCCAUCCACGACGGUGUGGCGGCCGCAAUCAUGAACAGCGACUGUCUGGUCUUUGACACGUCCAUCGCUCACCUGUUUGCCGACAACGGCAACCUGGGGAUCAACGUUACCAUCUCCAUGUGCUGAGCGGCUCAGAUGUGGAAACACAGACCCACAGGCCUCUCUCGUUCUCAGACUUACACGUGCGAUGGGCAGAAACCGGUGCACAGUGACUGACUGCUGUGCUGUACCUGCCUCCUGUGUGAUGCAGUAGACUGUGUGUGAGAGGAUAGGUGGGAUAUGGAGAGGAUGUGUGUGUUUUGCUGCUUGAGGCUCGUUGGCUCCCCAUAAUGCUUGAAUGGAGACUGGGCUGUAGAGUAGUUUCAGGGUUAGGGUGUUUGCCUGUCCUCUCAUUGUGUGUGCUGGAGACAGUGUACAGUAAACUACAUGCGGUGGGCUUUUGAUGACUGAUGCCCUACCCGCCCCCAGGACCCCUCAACCGCUCCCACCCCACUCACCCCUACCUCCUCUUCUGCUCAGCCAACCAGUGCCAGGCAAGAAGGACACUGCCAGUGUAAGAAAGGGCGGUCAGUCAAUUGGCUGCCACACAGCGGUAUUAAGAGAACCUCCACUUCAACCGUGAAUGGCCCCUGCAGAUGCAGCUUCCUAAUCCUCACAGCGAAUUAAGUUUCAGUAAGUUGGUCAGUGGACCAAUUAGGCCUCAGACGCAUAUGGGCAGAGUCGGGUCUGAGAGUGACCAAUGUGCUGCCUCGGUCUGGGUUAGUGUGAGCUAAGCCGGGGUUGUUCAUGCCCUCCUAAAGGAUUGCACUGACUACUAACCAACUCCUUACUUUUCAGAACCGCAAAACUAAACCGUUUCAAUAAUUAGGCUAUGUCAAUUAUACCCCAACCCUGGUGUGUAUAAUAAAUAUUGGUGAUAGAUCCUGAUCUGAUUGUAAGCAAAAGACUGCAUGUAUGUCCGCCAUGUAGAAUAAAGACACAGAUCAGGUGUUUUGGUUGUAGGCUCUCGUCAUAAUGCAUCAUAAAGGUUGCAUAAUGCCAUCGUAAGCAUGGUAUCAAACCUGUCAUAAGCACUGUUUGGUGAAACCCUGGGGCCUAGUUAUUCACAUGGAUUCUGUAUUACAAUACAAACAACAAAAAGCAAAACAAUCUUAAGUUGAAUCUUGAAAUUUUCAAACAACAAAGGUACGUUACUUCUCCAAAGUCACAAGCUCUGUUGCAUAAAACUCUGAUAGAUUGAAGGUUAGCUUGUUUGUUAACAAUGAAGUCCCUUUCUUUGGUAAGGUCAAUUGUCAUACAAUUUCAUGUAAGAAAAACAGGUUUCAUGUCAUAUUUAAGAUGGCAUUAUGUUUGUUUUGACACAGAAAUCAUAUUUCUAGUGUGCGAGCGUACAUGUUUGCAGGAGACGGUACCACUACUGUUAUGAUUAUGUGUUUUUUUUCUCUGCAGCCACUCCUCACCAACAGAGAUGAACACUAUGGCGGAGGCACGGCUUUCUUAUUUGUUCCUCUUUAUGUCUCUUGAAACCGUUUGUUCUGCAGAACCUGGUUUAUCUUCAGUUCUUCUACGCUCUGAUUGAUAUACUGUAAUAUGGGGGUAGUUUUGACUCUUCCCCUCUGGUCAGUCAACCCACCACAGCCUUACUUUUGUACGUAACCUAACUAGCACUCCCAAGGUGGGAAGGCAUCUGUGAGGAUGACUAAGUUAGACUCACUCAGACCCACCCUCAGUGUCUUGAACGGACUCUCGGUUUUUGUGGACUUUGGCGCAAAGUCCCAUGGCAUUGUGGGUAGAAAUGGGCAUUCCAUAGUACUCCAGCCAUGUACCUCGCCUUCACCCGGCGUCAUAGUAACCAAGCAACCAAAGCAAACAAAAACCCACCUUUUCAUAAAGUACCUCUGAUGACGUUGAUCACAGACAUGUCUGUAACCCAACAGAGUCCCCUCCUGCUCUCAGACACUGCAGUAUAUCCCAAAUCACCCUAUGCUGAUCACCUUUGCCCCACUGCUCUGUCUUAUAAGUAUUUGUAAUAUGUAAAUGUUGGAUGACCAUAUAUUUUCUAAAAGCUGAUAGGAGAUUCUGUGUUCGGUUAAUCUGAGAUGUGUUUGUGUUCACGGUUACUCAAACUGUUGUACAUAGGUUUUGAGGUUAUUUUCUGAGCUGUUGUAACUACCUGCUAUCCUAUUUUAUUCUAGUGGUCAGUGUCCCUGCCUUACCCACUGAGUGGACAAACAUUUCUGCCAAUACAAUCCUUUGGGCAGGACAGCUCUGCAAUUGCUAUGGCUGAUCUGUAAUAUCGGCAAAAAAUGCAAACUGUGACGCUCACCUUUUUGUAACAUGGGCUUGAAGCCUUUAAUGCUGCAUCAGUUAUCAUGAUCAGUUAUCAUGAGCCAUAGAGAACUGCAGAAAUCGGUGUGGAUUUCAUUAAUGAAUUGUUUAUGGGGCAAUAGGAGAUCAAAUCAAUGGAAACUAAGAGUCAGUGUCCACAAAAUUAGAUUUCAUGGUGCAUUUGUUUCCACUUAGCAAAAUGAAAACAUCUUUAGGUCUACAUCACCAUUACCUGACAAAAACAUCUGUCCAUCUACCCAUGUAACUUAAACAUACAAUGGCAGUUGCACAUAUAAAUCCUUUGCAGCUACUGUCAUAUGAACACCAAGUCCUAGAAAUGCUAAUGAAUACUUAGGCCAGGGUUAACCAACUGGUGACCCACAGGUGGUUUUAUUUGGCCCCCCAAGUUUUCUGUAGUUAUGUUUUGGGGCGGCUGGUAGCCUAGUGGUUAGAGCGUUUGUCGCUCGAAUCCCCGAGCUGACAAGGUAAAAAUCAAAUCUGUCGUUCUGCCCAUGAUCAAGGCAGUUAACCCACUGUUCCCCGGUAGGCCGUCAGUGUAAAUAAGAAUUUGUUCUAAACUGACUUGCCUAGUUAAAUAAAGGUUCAAAUAAAUAAUGUUCUGGUCCCCUGUCCAUCCACGAAAACAAAAAUGGUCCCGUGGCUGAAUGUAGUUGAUGAUCCCUGACCUAGGCUGUCAUUUUGUAGGCUAUACAAAAAACAUGUAGAACUAUAACUCUUCAUCUGCUUAAGUGCUGUCCUCUUGCACAAUGUUUUGUUCCGUAUGAUGUGUCCACCCCACAGGGUGUCAGAACAUUGAACAGAAACACAUUCCCAUCCAGCUGUAAAUCACCUAGAAUCAUUCUACAACCUGGAAAAGUACACACAUUCUUUAUGUACCUCGGGAAAUACAACCCAUGUCUUGUACAUUCAUAGUACACAUGACGUCAUAGACAUCUGUUGUACAGCCAGACCCAAUACUUAUUUUCUCCCAAGUUUAGCCGAAUCCUAUCCUGGGAUGUUUCUAUAACAGCUGUAUGGGUGCAAUUUCUUUACUUCAUUUCAAUUGGGUCCCUAACAAGUAUUUUCUUUGGGGGACACACGUUUUCCUCUCCUGUCCAUCCCAGGCUGGCCUCUGUUAAUCUGGGGCCCGGGUGAAGGCAGCGGUUGACCUCUGACCAGUCUGACAAGUGAAGCUCAGACCCAGAAGUCAUUAAAAAAAACAUUGAAUACAUCACAUCACCUAGGUAACUAACAUAGUAUAGCAUUGACGAUCUAUCAAUGCAGCCAGACAACAACGGGGCGACCAAAAUCCCAGUUAUUCGAGUGUGGCUUGUCUGCCUGGCCCCCCACUGGAAGAGCUAAAAGAGGAUAAGGAAGGGUUAACUCCUAUCUACUAAGGACAAAAUGGUGGCUCGUUCUCUAAUAUCUCUAUACCCCAGUUGGGUAGUUUCAUUGGAGCCCCGGUGUGAUGAGAUUUAAUAGAACUGAUGACAUUACGGUGUUUCACAUGCCAACUAUCCACAGGCUCCUUCACACACUUAAAACCUCUUGGCGGAAUUAAAACAUUUCCUUAAUGGCAGAAUGUGCUUUACCUCUUUUUCCCUUUUUAUGUUUUGACAAUGUUAAUUUAUUCUUGAUAUAUAUACAGUAUUUCUGUAUCUAUGCUUUGUUCUGUCUUAGAUGAUUAACUGUGUUUUAAACAUCAUUUAGCGAUACAGAUGAAUUGCAGUUAAAAUCCUGUUGAGCAGGUAUGAGCUAGUGAUCAUGUAAAUACGAUCUUUGUUUGUUCUGAAUUAUUCCUUUUUUCCCCCCAAGUAUCUUGUUUGUCGUUGGUUUUUCACUGAAUUACAAAUUGUGUAAUGUUUUGGACAGUCUCUUUUCACCCAAAAUCACCUAUUUUUGGAGCCAAGAGGAAGCUCCUAUCUUGCGUUACCCAUAUUACUAUGUGUCUCUGUAUCACUUGAAAUCCAAUUUAAAAAUAAAAUGUUAUUUAUAAGGCAUCUGUCAAA